UGGGACAUAAUGGUGGAUAGGUAGGGAACACACUACAGCUCGAUAAGAGUUGCACAUCAACUGUUGACCAAUUUCCAGUUGUUGUCUUGGACCCUUCGAUUCGACUGACUCGACAGCUGCUCGCUGCCUGCUCGGACUGAACGACGCCCUUGACCGCAACAAAAUGCCGAAUAUCAAAAUAUUCAGCGGUAGCUCACAUCCGGACCUGUCUCAAAAAAUAGCAGACCGCCUGGGUCUCGAGCUGGGGAAGGUUGUUACGAAGAAAUUUAGCAACCAGGAAACAUGCGUGGAGAUAGGGGAGAGCGUACGUGGGGAAGAUGUCUACAUUGUGCAGAGUGGCUGUGGCGAGAUUAAUGACAAUUUGAUGGAGCUGCUGAUCAUGAUCAACGCCUGCAAGAUUGCCUCUGCCUCCAGGGUCACGGCUGUCAUCCCCUGCUUUCCGUAUGCCCGGCAAGACAAGAAGGACAAGGUGGGGAGCCGCGCUCCUAUCUCUGCCAAGUUGGUGGCCAACAUGUUGUCAGUGUCAGGUGCUGACCAUAUCAUCACUAUGGACUUGCACGCCUCACAGAUACAGGGAUUCUUUGAUAUCCCUGUUGAUAACUUGUAUGCAGAGCCAGCUGUGCUGAAGUGGAUCAAAGAGAACAUCCCUGAAUGGAAAAACUGCACCAUCGUCUCACCCGAUGCAGGAGGAGCCAAGAGGGUCACCUCAAUAGCAGACCGGUUGAAUGUGGACUUUGCCCUUAUUCACAAGGAGAGGAAAAAGGCAAACGAGGUGGACCGCAUGGUUCUCGUCGGAGAUGUGACCGAUCGGGUCGCCAUUCUAGUGGAUGACAUGGCUGACACAUGUGGCACAGUCUGUCAUGCUGCUGACAAACUAAUUUCUGCUGGUGCCACCAAGGUGUAUGCCAUUCUAACCCAUGGCAUCUUCUCUGGCCCAGCUAUCUCGCGCAUCAACAAUGCCUGCUUUGAAGCUGUAGUGGUCACCAAUACAAUCCCUCAGGAGGAGAAGAUGAAGCAUUGUCCCAAAAUACAGGUUAUUGACAUCUCCAUGAUCCUUGCAGAGGCCAUCCGUAGAACUCACAACGGCGAGUCUGUGUCAUACCUGUUCAGCCAUGUCCCCUUGUAACAAAUGGUGUCUCCCAUCUACUGUGUGCUGUUACACCAAAUAAGAGAAGAGGGAAUACCCCCAACCCAAACACAACCAUUAGCAAAGAUUUGCUAACUGUGAAGAAAAAAACGAAGCAAGAAUGAACUGUCAUGUCUGUUACUAAUGCUGACCCCCCCCCCUCCCCCUCCCCCUCACUUGAGUCCUUUCCCUCAUGAGCAGCGUCCCUUCCUGUCUGGGCACCAAAGCAAUCGCAAGCUACCAGUUUAGGCCACCAUAUUUAUUGUACUUGGAUAAAUAAGUGUUUAUCCACUGUGAACUUUGUACUCUCCUUCAUAACAUGUGUGCCAUUUUUCCACCACAUGGUACAGCUCAACUCUACUCGCUCUUUUUUGGUUUUCCAUUGGCAAAAGGUGUGGAUAGUACAGUGUACUUUUUUUGGUACUACCUUGGUCCAUGAUUCCAAGCAAGCUUAGGUGAUACCAGAAGGUGGAGUUAAAGUACUGCAGACCACCGAUUGGUCAGAGAGAACCGUCACUAAUGCGACACGGGACAUCGUACGCAUAACUUAUAUAGGCAAGCUUCCAUCAGUAGCGAUCACAAUCGUUUUUAUUCACUUGAUCCAGAUUUUUAUUUAUUUUUUAAUUGCAGCCCACAAAACUAUGCCAUACAAUUGACUUAGAGCAAACGUUCCUCUGUUUGGUAGCUGAUAAAAGGAUUCAGUAAGUCUUGCGUUGAAGAUUUCAGUCACGGCCGUGUCAUGUGGCGGCGCUAUGGCAAUAUCGGCUGAGAAUCCGCCUACACUGAAGGGGUACUAUCCACAGUGGAAUACUGAAAGAAGUCCUGGUACCAAAACGUGAGCAGAGCUGUAUCAUUCAGUGAAAACAUGGCAUUGGGUACCGAGUUUCUCCUGACCAUUUUACCUCUCUAGGAGUCAUUUCAAUCUGUUGUCAAAGAGCUUGUAUAAAUAUCCCUGGCAGGUCCCAGUGGUCAGGAGAAGCAUCUGCCAUGUAAAGCUGUUUUAGUGCUUUUUGUUACAAUGAACGAGCGUAGUUUUUCAUGUUGCUCCCGUGUCAACUGCUGUUUGAAAGAUUAUAAUUAAUGAAGUGAAUGUGUAUUGAACUAGUUUACAGUGCCACUGAAAAGCUCCACUCAACCCAAGAGUGCCUCAACAGUCUGAAAGGGAGUGUUUUGGGUUUUUUUUGUUUGUUUUUCCCCUCCAGUCAUCUCCUCCCCCUCCUGUUUAGCUGUUUUUUUAUUUUCUCACUGGAUGAAGAACUUUUACAUUUCUUAUCGGGCUGUUAAAGAUGUUAAAGAUUGCUUUCAACUCUUGAGGUUCCCUCCAUUGAGUGGGGUCUACCCAGUGUCCAGGGUUUACCCUUUUUAGGUUCUGAGCUGAAGGUCUUUCUAUAGAGAAGCUGUCAGGUUUUUAGUUUGGUGUCUCUGCAGGCUGGAGCUUCCUUUUAGAAAUGUUCACCUGCUAAUUUUAUUUUCAUUUAUUGUAUGUCUGGAGGAAAGAUUUGUUAAUAAUUUGCAUAUUCCAAACCUUUUGCGUUUACUUUUUCAGUAGGGUGAAUGCGCCAGUUAUCUGAGGAUGUGUUCUUAAUAAAAUUUAAUAAUCCUUAAAAUCUAAAA